UGCGGCAGGGGGCGGGGCUGGGUGUGGGGUGGCGGCGGCCAUGUCGCUGCAGGAGGACCCGGUGCAGCGCGAGAUCCACCAGGACUGGGCCAACCGCGAGUACAUCGAAGUGAUCACCAGCUCCAUCAAGAAGAUCGCGGAUUUCCUCAACUCCUUCGACAUGUCCUGCCGCUCCCGGCUCGCCACCCUCAACGAGAAGCUGACCGCGCUGGAGCGACGGAUCGAGUACAUCGAGGCCCGGGUAACAAAGGGCGAAACUCUGACCUAACUGCAGAAGGCUGGUGGGGAGCUGACCUGGAGAAGAUUGUGCAGCUGUGCUAGAGUUGACUGUCAGGCAUCUGAUUUCUUCAUUACUUCUUAUUGGUGACAGGACUUCAGCUUGUUUCUGCGAUGCAGUAUCCCUGCCUUCAGUGCAUGGCUCCAGGGUGACUCCAGAGGAAACUCAUAAAAUGCAAAUGAGCAUGUUGAAUUCAGUGAUUUUUGUACAGACAGAUUCAUGCAGAUGUCAAGUACUCCUGCACCCCUUAAUCUCUCUCUCAUUCCCAGCUGUGCAGUAGAACACCUACAUUUUGCAGCUGCAGAGUCUCUCUGGCCAAAGGUUGCUUUGAGGAAAGAAAACUUCUCUUGGGAGCUGACUGGCUGAGGAAGUGGGUGUCCAUGCUGUUGGCGGGCCACUCAUCUAGUGGUUUCAGUUCCUUUAGCAAACACUGCAACUCAUAUCGUAGCAAAAAUGUCAAAUAUAUCCAUCCUUACAGUCUGUGAGCAGAGCAGUAGAUGUGCAGUGUGUGAUUGGCGAGGGGAGACGGGAAUAGGUAAUGUGCCAAGAUAAACUCUCUGGGCAGGGUGAAUUUCAGAGCUUUCUGCGUCUUUUUGUAUUCUGUAGUGUUACAUGGGGGGUGUCUUUCAUUUGUGUUUCAACAAUAAACUGCCUCUGCUGAUGGGUUCUGA